UGCGCGCGCGUUUGUGUGGAGAUAGAAGGGGCGGUGAGUGAAAGAGAGGUACUUGCACAAUAGGUGAGUAGUUGAGAGCUCAAGGACAGCAUCUUAAUGAGCUCAGUACCGGCCAAUAAGUGCCAUGCUGAAAGAGAGUUGAAUUUUGCGCCAUUUCGUUAAAACAACAAUCCCUAGAGUCCGUGUAUAAUGCAGAUAUAUUGAUAGAAAGAAAUAAAUCUUGAUUUAAUCAAACUGCGUCAUUAAUGCUUUACUAUUAGCUGGUCUUCAGUAUAAAUAAGCUCACCCUACCGGUGAUCUUCUCAUAACCAAGCAAAACAUUCCCUCCUCCUCUAGAGAAAUUUGAAAGAUGGGGAGAUUUUCAAGCAAAUAUGUUGGCGUUUUAGCUGUGGUGUUUGUGUUAGUGUUGGGGUUAGCAGAGUGUAGAAAAAUAGAAAAAGAUGGCUUAGGAGGUGGUGCUGGAGGAGGUGGAGGCUUUGGUGGUGGCGGUGGCCUCGGAGGAGGAAAAGGUGGAGGAAUAGGUGGCGGUGUUGGAGGAGGGGGUGGUGCUGGUGGUGGCUUCGGAGGAGGCAAGGGUGGAGGUGGAGGUAUUGGAGGUGGCAAAGGCGGGGGCAUUGGGGGUGGUGUAGGUGGGGGUUCUGGUGGUGGCCUCGGAGGAGGAAAAGGUGGCGGUGUUGGAGGAGGAGGUGGUGCUGGCGGUGGCUUCGGAGGAGGCAAGGGUGGCGGUGGAGGUAUUGGAGGUGGCAAAGGUGGAGGCAUUGGGGGUGGUGCUGGUGGUGGCUUCGGAGGAGGCAAGGGUGGUGGUGGCAGCGUUGGAGGUGGCAAAGGUGGGGGUAUUGGGGGUGGUGUAGGUGGGGGCCUCGGAGGAGGAAAGGGUGGCGGUGUUGGAGGAGGAGGUGGUGCUGGCGGUGGCUUCAGUGGAGGCAAGGGUGGCGGUGGAGGUAUUGGAGGUGGAAAAGGUGGAGGCAUUGGGGGUGGUGCUGGCGGUGGCUUCGGAGGAGGCAAGGGUGGUGGCGGCGGCGUUGGAGGUGGCAAAGGUGGGGGUAUUGGGGGUGGUGUAGGUGGGGGCUCUGGUGGUGGCUUCGGAGGUGGAGCCGGAGGAGGUGGUGGUGCCGGUGUCGGUGGGGGUGCAGGAGGUGGAGCUGGCGGCGGCUUUGGAGGUGGCAAGGGUGGUGGAGGAGGCAUUGGAGGUGGAGCCGGAGGUGGUGGUGGUGCAGGAGGAGGAUUUGGUGGAGGAGCCGGAGGUGGCGGUGGAUUUGGAGGAGGCAAAGGUGGGGGAGGAGGUUUUAGUGGCGGGCAUUAAUUCCUAAAUUAAGCGCGCUUGUAACGUCAUGCUUGUGCAUGGGAUAUUUGCAAUCGUAUUAUGUAUCAAUAGUUUUAUCAUGUUGUAACCUAGUAAUGAAGAUCUUAACACGAACGAAUAAAUAAAGCUUGUAUUAUCUUGCA